UCACGAUGGCAACAGGAACGUCCUCGGUCGAGCGACUGCUGCAGUACAUCCGCAUCCCGACUGUCAGUGGCGAUGGCCCCAAGGGAGCGUACAAUGAGGUCAGUACACGAGUAAAACGGCGAAAUGUUGGUUUUUGUAAGACAAUGGAUUUUGCUGUAUAGUGUGCGGUGUGGCUCAAGGGAUAUCUGGAAGACGGUGGGGAUCUAAGAGAGUUCUGCCAAGCUUGUUUUGUCCAUUCACCAUAUAUUGUGCGCAGUUGGUUUGACGGUGCAGAUUUUCUCUCCUUCGGAUAAUAAACCGAUUGUUUUGGUGAGGAGAUAGUUGCUUGAAAGUGCUCUAGCGUUGAAUUGACGGUGUUUGCAUUCGCAGGCGACAUGGCAAGGCAAAAACCUGUCCCUCCCGUCGAUCCUGCUCAACUCACACUACGACGUCGUGCCUGUGGCUCGUGAACACUGGGAGCACGAUCCUUUCAAUCCAACAGUUCUGGAGGAUGGAAUGAUUUACGGCCGUGGAACGCAGGACAUGAAGAGCGUCGGUGUUCAAUAUGUGGAGGCAGUUUCCCGUCUGAAAGCGGAGGGCUUCAUUCCGGGCAGAAACAUCCACCUCCUGUUCGUGCCAGACGAAGAAAUUGGCGGCGUGGAUGGCAUGGAGGCCUUUCUUGCAAGCGAACAGUACAAAUCCAUCCAACCCGUCGCAUUUGCCUUUGACGAGGGGCUAGCCAACCCAAAUGACGCGUUUACAGUGUUCUAUGGCGAACGUGUACCCUGGUGGUUCUACGUGAAGGCCACGGGUCCUACAGGUCAUGGAAGCCGCUUCAUCAAAGACACAGCGACGUCCAAGAUCAUUGACGUCUGCAACAAGGCCUUGGCUUUCCGUGCGGAGCAAGAGGCUCUUCUGAAUGCCGACUGUGGCUGCAAGCACGGGGAUAUCAAGAAGAGAAACCUUGGCGAUGUCACCACUGUAAACCUCAACAUGCUGAAGAGUGGUGUGUCCCAGGAUGGCGGCAAGACGCACGCUCUCAACGUGAUUCCAACCGAGGCAGUUGCUGGUUUCGACGUUCGAAUCUCGCCUCACAUGGACUUGAAGAAGUUUAAAGCGAUGCUUGAUGAAUGGUGUUCUGCUGGAGGAUUAUCGUGGGAGUUUGUGUCGUGGUGGAAGAAUCCACUGCAUGAGCAUUACACGACGUCGGUAGAUGACACGAACAUUUGGUGGAAGUUGUUCAAGGAAGGGUGUGAGGAUAUCGGCAUCCUUGUUGAGACGGAGGUGUUCCCAGCAGCAACGGAUAGUCGAUUUCUCCGCCAGCUCGGCAUCCCGGCGCUUGGUUUCUCUCCGAUGAACAAGACGGAAAUCCUACUGCACGAACACAACGAGCGCCUGCAUAAAGACACCUUCCUGUGUGGCAUCGACGUGUACGAGACGUUGUUUCGCCGCAUGUUCACGUACGUCGAGGCGGACUGAAGGUUAGGAAUACAGAUUCCCCCCUCACUUGUAACACUGCGCCAACUGAUAACCUAAGUGUCUCUUAUAAUAAUAUUUUACAGAGGAAGCAGAUUACGACUAACUCUGCCUGCAUCAAAACCACAGCGUAUGGGGACGGCCAGCGACGGAAAGUGCUUUCGUCAUACCGAGGUUAUCUUUAAUGGAGUCGGCGAGAGGUCUGGAACAGAAAAAAUACACGGAUGUCGUAGACGAUAUCGGAUAAGUAGGUCUUAAAUUAUCAACUGAGACCAAUGUGGCACUGGCAGUGUCGAUGGGAUAACCUUGAAGUGAU